AUGUGCUGGACGUGGGCGAACAUGUGGCACAUAGCAUGCGACGUCGCCAUUGUCUUCAUGUUAUAUAGAGGCGCAGGCGCAGGCGGCGCGUGGCUGCAGUACCCGGCGACACGGCUGCGCCGGCUGCUGCGGGCUGCGUGCGCGCCGCCGCCGCCCCCACGCUGCCGCCGCCUCCUAGCACAAGAUGACUUUACAGAACGGAGAGCGACAUUCCUGCGAGGCGCGGGCGGCGAGGCGGCGGCCGCGGGCGACCUCCACAGGAGCGCGGGGCCGGGGGAGGGCCGCGCGCGCGAUUGGCCGCGGCCGGCCCGCCCCCGCGCGCCGGGAAAAAAAAAACUCGGGAAAAAAGCGGCGCGCUGGCGGCAGUGUCUCACGCGCGCGCUCCACACGCGGACGCCGCCCGCGCUCUGCGAGACGGCGCGCCCCACUCCCGGCGGCCGCGGCCGCGCCAUGCCCGCGCUGGCCCUGCGCGACCAGCCGCUCGACUGCUCCAUGCGCCUGCGCGACCUGCCCGCCUGGCCGCCGCCGCCGCGCCCCGACCCGCGCCACGUGGCGGGCCGCGGUGACGUCAGCGGCUUCUUCAACACGCAGAUGGUGCUUGACCUUAAAGGUGAUUUCAGUAGAACCACGUACUCACUUGAAGAAGAGUCCGGCGAACUAAUCAAAUCUCCGUCUCCACCGCCCAGCCACGACGGGUCCGCGAGCGGCGAGGGCGAGGCGAGCGGCGACGAGCGCUCGUCCCCGCCGUGCCCGCCGCGGGCGCCCCCGCGCCCCCCGCCGCACUCCGCCGCCUCCGCCGACGCCGCCACCGCCGCCGUGCUCGUGAGUACACCGCCUGCUGCUGCCUGGCCUACAGUAGGUAGCCCAUACCCCGCGCUAACCACUCUCUCACGCCCGCAGAGCGCGGCGGGCGCCGGCGGCGCGCUGGCGCAGUUGCAACACCUCCUGCUAUCCCAGCACGGCGCGCACUCGCUGCUGCUCCAUACUCAAGUGCAGCAAGCGGUGGCGCAGGCGGCGGCGCAGCAGCUGCAGCAGCUGCAGGCGCGCGCGGGGCUGGCGGCGGCGGCGGCGGCGGGGGCGGAGCGCUACUCGGCGGGCGGCUGCGGCCGCUCGCCGUCCCCGCGCCGCACGCCGCCCGGCGCCGCCGCCUUCCUCACGCCGCUCACGCCGGGCUCGGGCCGCGCGCGCUCGCCCGCGCAUGCGCACGCGCACGUGCACACGCUGCCCGCCACGCCGCUGCACGCGCACGCGCACAAGCCGCGCGCGCUCGAGCCUGCCGCCGCCGACGAUACGGCCGACCUCGAGGAGCUCGAGCACUUCGCCAAGACAUUCAAGCAGCGCCGGAUCAAGCUCGGUUUCACGCAGGGCGACGUCGGGCUCGCGAUGGGCAAGCUGUACGGGAACGACUUCUCGCAGACGACGAUAUCGCGGUUCGAGGCGCUCAACCUGAGCUUCAAGAACAUGUGCAAGCUGAAGCCGCUGCUGCAGAAGUGGCUGGAGGACGCGGACUCGUCGCUGGCGGGCGGCGGCGGCGGCGGCGGGCCCGCGGGCGCCGCGCUGGCCGAGGCCGUGGGCCGCCGCCGCAAGAAGCGCACCUCCAUCGAGUCCGGCGUGCGCGUCGCGCUCGAGAAGGCCUUCAUGCACAACCCCAAGCCCACCAGCGAGGAGAUCGCCGCGCUCGCCGACGCGCUCUGCAUGGAGAAGGAGGUGGUGCGCGUUUGGUUCUGCAACCGCCGCCAGAAGGAGAAGCGGAUCAACCCCCCGGCGGGCGAGAGCGGUGGCGCGUCGUCCCCGGGCGGGCUGCUGCUGGGCGGCGGCGCGCACGCGCACGGGCUGGCAGCGCACGCGCACGCGCACGCGGCCGCGCUGCAGCCGCUGCAGCAGCUGCCGCCGCUCCAGCAGCUCCAGCCGCUGCAGCCGCUGGCGCUGCUGACGCGCGCGCCCCACCGCGACUGA